UAUCGGACUUCAUUGUCCACGCGAAGGGUAUAAGUUUGUAGAAUCGUAGCUGCAGAGAAUGUCUAUCGAAGAAUCAGCAAGAUCUGAUCGGAAUCUAAAUCUGAAGGCUCCAUCGCCAUGCGUUCUCUUGUCCUCUCCUCUCUUUUGGCCCUCACCUCAGCCCUAUCCGUCGAGGACCUCUACGUCUCCGAGGCCCCCUCGUCCCCUCGCCCCUAUAUCCUCCCUCACUAUGAGAACUCCCAUGCCGUGACGAUCGGCUCCCAACUGUACCGGUUCACAGUCACCGGCCCAUCCUCCGACUAUGCCUUCACGCUUAUGAGCACCAAUGCGCCCUCGAGCGGCUCCCUCGGUGUCCUCCCUCACAUCCACCGCACGCACUAUGAGAACUUCUUCAAUUUCAAGGGUCGCUUCCAGCUCUGGGCCCAAAAGGGCGAUGGAGAACAGGGGGGCCGUCUCCUCACCCAGGGAGACUAUGGCUCUGUACCUCGGAACACAACACACACGUUCCAGAUCCUCGACCCGGAUACUGAAAUGGUGGGAGUGAUUGUUCCUGGUGGAUUCGAGGACCUCUUCUACGCCCUCGGCACCAACUACACCUCCGGCACCGAAACCCCCUACGUACCUGGCUCCAGCAACUCUUCUUCCUCCUCCGCCACCGGCCCCGACAGCAGCACCAUCUCCGGCCUGCAACAAUACGACGUCUACGCACAACUCGACUUCACUCCCCGCCGCGACUUCGUCAACGGCUCCGCACCCUCCGACUCCGGCUGGCACACCGAGUCCGACACCCUCGGCGCCGCGGGCCAGCCAUACUUCAUCGCCAACAACUACGGCCCCAAGUACCUCAACUCGCAGUACGGGGCGUACCAGAUCGUGCAGCCAUUGGUGACGGCCACGCAGGCCCAGGAUACAAACUAUACCCUGAGCACGAUCAUCAUGAGUCGGCAGCCGAGCAACGCGACAGCCCCGACGUGGACGGCGGGCCCGGCCGCGUUGGAGGUGCUGGAGGGUAGCGUGCAGGUGCAGAUUGGGGAGUAUGAGACAGCCAGAGUGGAGAUGGGAGAUGUGGUGUUUGUGCCUAAGGGAGUGACGUAUAAAUAUUGGAAUGAGGGGGCCCAGGCUAAGGUGUUUAGGUUUAGUAGUGUAACUGGGGGUGAGGGGAGGUGCUUCCCCUGGUCUUUAGUUUUGUGCAACAUCAUUGCUAUUUUGUCAUUUUAUUAUUAUCAUCACGAUAAUACUGUAUUUUAUGGCACGACACGAGUGGAAUUCAACGUCAUCGCCCGCCAAGCCAGUCCCUUUCCAUCCAGACCUCCCGAUUACCAAGCCCUCCCGCCAGUCAGCUUCGACCUCCUCCUCAUCGCCAAGCCUGGGUCUCGGCCGGGGCAUGGACCCCCCGGCCAAUGA